AUGGCGUACUCAAAUUGUGAAAACAGCGAGCAGAAUUUCUCAGAGGCAUUAGAGGAAGAAACUGUGGUUCUCACAUUGGUUCCAGUUAAUGUGGAACCUAAUGGAGAAGAGCAAAUGGAACCAAGCGUUUCUUCAACUUCAGAAGUGGGCCUGGAGAAGCCUGGGACAAACGAUAAAGUUUGUCAUUCUCAAAUGAGUGAACAAUUCAAGUCUUGUCCAAAACAUAGUUGUUGCACUACAACAAGCCUUCCUUUGCCAACCAGUUUGCCUCCAGUUAAUAAAGUACGUUGGGAUACUUUGCGGAACUGGUGCCAACAAUUUAAUUUGAGUACCGAUGGCCGGAAAAUAGAUGUUUAUCUGAGGCUCCAGAAACAUGCUUACUCUGAAAUAAACGAGAAUAUUCCUAAAAUAUCACCAGAGGCCAAAUUGCAGCCAUGUUCGACAACAUGCAAGAUGGCAGCAAAGACAGCAAGGAUUCGGAAAAGUUGUAAGAAGGCUAAGAGAGAGGAAGGGAUUAAUAUAGUGGAGGUGAUAACUUCAGCACAAGAAGGCAUGUUGGCAGCGUGGUCAAGAAUUGCUGUAAGAGCCAGUCAAUCCAAAUCUGUGAAUUCACGUCCCAUUCCUGCUUCUGUUGAGACCUUUCUGCUGCAAGCCCCUGGCAUCAGGUGGUGUGUGGUCCAUGGCAGACCUCUGUUGGCAGACACAAAAGGUUGGGUUCGCCUGCAGUUUCAUGCAGGUCAGGCCUGGGUACCUGACACCCCCAAGAGGAUGAUCUCUCUCUUCCUGUUACCCGCCUGCACUUUCCCGUCCCCUGGCCUAGAAGAUAAUAUGUUAUGCCCUGAAUGUGCUAAGAGGAAUAAGAAGAUAAUGAAAAGAUUAAUUGCUAUGGGGAAGGAGAGGCGACGUGGCUUGAAAACAUCAACAUCUUUGCCUUUGAGUGGGCCAUAUCUUAAUAACGAAUAA